AUGGACCCCUCAAAAAUCACCCUCCCUCCAAUGAAAGACCAAACCGUCGAAAAUAUAACCUCAAACACAAUAGCCAUCAACUCUCUCUGCCAAGACGAGCGCAUGAAAUACGUCCUAGAGCGCCUAGUAACCCAUCUGCACGACUUCGCCCGCGAAACCCGCCUCAGCAGCGCAGAAUGGAUGACCGGCCUGCGCUUCCUCACAGAAGUAGGCCAAAUAAGCUCAGACGUCCGACAAGAAUUCAUCCUCCUCUCCGAUGUGCUGGGCCUCUCAAUCCUCGUCGACUCAAUCGACCACCCCAAGCCGAAAGGCUCAACAGAAGGCACAGUCCUGGGCCCGUUCCACACGCACGACGCGGAGGAAAUGGCGGCCGGCGAGGCAAUGUCACAUGAUCCUGCCGGCGAGCCGCUGUUGGUUGUUUGCUCACUGAAGGAUUUGGAGGGGCGUCCUGUGCAGGACGUUAAAAUUGAUAUCUGGGAGACGGAUUCCUCGGGACAUUAUGAUGUGCAGUAUGCUGGGCGGGAGGGGCCUGACGGACGCUGUAUUAUGCGGUCUGAUGAGAACGGCGAGUUUUGGUUUAAGGCCAUUACGCCGGUGCCCUAUCCUAUUCCGCAUGAUGGGCCUGUUGGGCGGUUGUUGGAGAAGUUGCAUCGGCAUCCGUAUCGGCCUUCGCAUAUGCAUUUCAUGUUUGAGAAGGAGGGGUAUGAUCAUUUGAUCACUGCUCUGUACCUCCGCAAUGAUCCCUACGAGACCUCUGACGCUGUCUUUGGUGUCAAGGAAUCGCUGGUUGUCGAUAUCGGCAAGGCUGGUCCUGAGAUCGCGAAAAAAUACAAUGUUCCCGAGGGCCAUGCGCUGCUCACCUAUGACUUUGUACUUGUGUCCGACGAGGAGACGAGCAAGCUGCGCGCGCACAACUCGAAGGUUGCGCUUGACAAACUUGGUCGGAAGGUCAAGAUCGUCAAUGGGCUGCCUGUUCCGGAUCUGGACUAG